AUGAAGGCUCAGAAGACCUUCGACAGAGAUGCUGCGGAACUUUCAAAGGUGGAGACUCUUGGGUCUCUUCGACUGCGACAUCAUGAGACCAACGAAAUCAUUCUGAUCCCAACUCCCUCGAACGACCCGAAUGAUCCCCUCAACUGGCCUGAUCAUCAUAUAACCUUAAAGCUCACUGGUUACAGGUCCACCGCCUAUCGAUAUUAUAUCGCUUCGCUAUUGUGCCUGGCUAUUUUCUUCUGCAACUUCCUUGCAGCUGGCCCGACGGUUGCUAUCAUAGACAUCACUAUAUACUUCUUCGGCCCGCCAGGACCGAACUUUGUCGCCCACAUAUCCAAAGUUGCAUAUUUCUUUACGACGACUGCCUUGCUACAAGGCAUGGGUAAUCUCAUCUGGAUGCCUCUCAUUGUCAAAUACGGCCGACGACCUGUUUAUGUCUCCUCGUUCAUCCUAUACACCGCCUGCGCUGCUUGGGCUGGGGGAGCAAAAACAUACGGUAAUGAGCUUGCGGCAAGAAUUAUCAUGGGAUUCGCCGCCGGCGCUGCCGAGUGCAUGGCUCCAUUGACCAUUGCCGACAUCUUCUUCCUCCAUGAGCGAGGCACAAUUAUGGCCCUCUAUACAUGUGCGCUGUCUUGCGGAGUCGGUGGAGGCAUCAUCAUUGCCGGCCUGAUCACAAUCAGACAUGACUGGCGUAUGAUCUACUGGGUUGCAGUCGCUCUGAUCGGAGCCGCAACCUUGCUUGUCAUAUUCACUUUCCCCGAAACCAGUUACAAUAGAAGUGGUGCUACAAUUACUGGACUGAAUGCUACGUCCGAACCUUCAGCUCUCCACGAUACGCGUAGAAGCCUAAAAGAGAAACCUCAAUUCGUGGAAGAAGAGCACCAUGCACUUACUGUGGCACUCCAAAAACACUCCUACUGGCAAGACUUACGCAUCUUCACGGGCACGUACACGCAGGAAUCCUUCUGGAAGCUGUUCAUUCGACCAGUCAUCUUGCUGUGCCUACCCCCAGUGCUCUGGGCCACCCUGGUUAUGUCAGUUACGAUAGGUUUCCUCGUUGCUAUCACCUCUAACUUCGCAACCGCCUUCGAAACGGUAUACCACUUCAAGCCGUGGCAGUCAGGGCUGUGCUUCAUUGCAUCCAUCAUCGGUUCAUUGAUUGCUAUUUUCUUUGGUGGUCAUCUGUCGGACCAUAUCGCAGACUACUUCACUCGGCGAAAUGGAGGUAUCAGGGAGCCAGAGAUGCGUCUUCCUGCACUAGCGAUCAGCGUCGUUACCGGCCCUCUGGCGCUGAUCUUGUACGGCGUUGGCAUAGAAAAGCAACUGCAUUGGAUGUGUGCAACUGUUGGUCUCGGAUUGUUAAACUUCACUAUUGUGCAGGCUACAAACGUGACACUCGUAUACACAAUCGACGCCUACCGUCCAGUCGCAGGAGAGAUUACGGUAACGCAGUUCGCCUUCAAAUCGGCGUUUGGGUUCCUACUAUCAUUCUACACCAACCCUUGGAUUGCUAGGUCUGGCUACAUGAAUGCGUUCGGUACUAUGGCCGGUAUUAGUGCUGCGGUGAUGCUCUGCGCCUUACCCUUCUACUUCUUCGGGAAAGGUAUCCGACAUGCAACGUGGCAUUGGCCUGUCGUUAAAAGACUCGCGCAUUGGUCUGAGGAUCGAGAAGUUGGCGAGUAG